AAGGGUUGCCUCUCUUCAUCCCCCCUCCUCUCUUUCUCUCGGCAGCAGCAAGAGAGGAGAGAGAGAGAGAGAAGGACUUCUCUCUCUUCUCCUGCAUCUCUUCCUUCUUCUUCUGUCCUGCUCAUUCUCCUUCUUUUUCUUUUUGUUCUUCCCCUCUCUUCUUCCUUAGCGCCGUUACCGUGCGACGACUCGUCCGGAAUCCGACGUACCAGAGAGGAUUUGAGAGAGUUAUGCAGGCGGAUCAGACGGUACUCAGCUUGCGGCCUGGUGGUGGAGCAGGAGCCCGUGGGCGUUUCUUUACCCCUCGGUUCGACUCAGCUCUCGGGAGCUCCGGCGCGGGGAUCUCCGCUUCCUCCGAUCUGCCAUCGCUUCGGCCCCAUGGCGUUUCGGGGGGCGGCUUCUCGUUCCCGUCGCUCAAGACUGGAGAGGCACAUGAGCGAGUCCGGUAUUCCAGAGAUCAAUUAUUGCAAUUACGGGAGGCUGUUCAGCCUCCUGAAGAAAUUCUGAAGAUAAAACAAGAGAUUGAGUCUGAAAUUUUUGGUGAAGAACAAACUUGGGGCCGGGCAGAUGCUAAUCUUCCUACACAAGCACCAAGCCGUUACUCCGAACCUGAUAAUCGUGAUUGGCGUGGUCGGGCAGCACAAGUUCCCACUUCUGGAGAGGAGAGAUCCUGGGAUAAUAUUAGGGACAACAAGGAAUUCUUGAGCAAGCGAUCAGAGUCGGACUCAUAUGGACCAAAUUCAAGGCAACAAGAACCAAAUUCUUUUCCAUCAAACCGUGCUGAUCAGCUCAGUUCCCAGUUUUCUUCCAGAGUUCAACUUUCCACUCCAGGAAGUGGACCUGCUCCUGCUCUUUUAAAGGCUGAGGUUCCUUGGUCAGCUCGUAGAGGAAAUCUUUCAGAGAAGGAUCGGGUUUUAAAGACAGUAAAAGGGAUACUUAACAAGCUGACACCUGAAAAAUUUGAUGUCCUUAAGGGCCAGCUUAUUGAUUCUGGGAUUACAUCGGCUGAUAUUCUAAAGGAUGUCAUUUCACUAAUAUUUGAGAAGGCAGUGUUCGAACCUACCUUUUGCCCCAUGUAUGCUUUGUUAUGUUCUGAUCUGAAUACCAAGCUGCCAAACUUUCCUUCUGAUGAGGAUGAUGGAAAACCAAUCACAUUUAAGCGGGCUCUUUUAAAUAACUGUCAAGAAGCAUUUGAAAACUCCGACCAACUGAGGGCUGAAAUUAGACAGAUGACUGCACCAGAGCAAGAACUGGAACGAAAGGAUAAGGAAAGGAUGGUGAAGCUAAGAACUCUCGGUAACAUCCGACUUAUUGGUGAGCUCUUGAAGCAGAAGAUGGUUCCUGAGAAAAUUGUUCAUCACAUUGUCCAGGAACUACUGGGACAUGAUGGAAAAUCCUGUCCAGACGAGGAAAAUGUUGAGGCCAUCUGCCAUUUUUUCAACACCAUAGGCAAGCAGCUUGAUGAAAGCCCCAAAUCUCGUCGGAUUAAUGAUAUGUAUUUCAGUCGUCUUAAAGAACUGUCAAAAAAUUCUCAGCUAGCUGCAAGGUUGAGGUUCAUGGUGCUUAAUGUUCUUGAUCUGAGGGCCAACAAUUGGGUGCCUAGGCGGGAAGAGGUGAAAGCUAAAACAAUCAGCGAAAUUCAUUCAGAAGCAGAAAAAAACCUUGGGUUGCGACCUGGGGCAGCCAGCCGUGCUACUGGUGCCGUAGGAGGAACUAGCCCUGUUGGUGGUUUUCCAAUCAAUCGUCCAGGUGCUGGGGGGAUGAUGCCUGGGAUGCCUGGAACUAGGAAGAUGCCUGGCAUGCCUGGCAUUGACAAUGACAACUGGGAGGUUCCUCGUAGAGGUUCCAUAUCAAAGAUGGAUCCUCUGUCAAUGCAGCCAGGUGGCCGCAUGCCCCCACCGGUUGUUGGGAAGCAAGGACCUUUUAACUCAAGGUUAUUGCCACAAGGCAGUGGGGGCAUUAUUGCUGGGAGGACGAGUGCCCUCCUGCAGGGCAGUGGUCCACCAACUACCACACCGCAAAGCCAAUAUCCAGGCCCUGCAAAGCCUCUCCCUGUACCUGGGUUUUCAAAACAAUCUGAGCCUGUUGCUUUGGAAGCAUCGGACAAACAUCCACCUGCAGCGAAGGUGAACUCUGCUGAUUUGAAAAGAAAGACAACCAAUUUGGUAGAGGAAUACUUCAGUAUCCGUGAUCUGAAUGAGGCACUUCAGUGUGUGGAGGAGCUUAAGAGUCCGGAGUAUCUCCCUGAAUUUGUUAAGGAAGCCAUCGCACUGGCUUUUGACAAGGUUCCACCUUGUGUAGAACCUAUCUCAAAGCUUCUGGAGUUCCUGCUUGCGAAGAAGGCAUUGACCAAUAGCGAUCUUGUUACUGGUUGCUUAGAGUAUGGUGCGAUGUUGGAUGAUAUUGCCUUAGAUGCACCGAAAGCUCCCAGCAAUUAUGGUGAGCUGAUGGGAAGGCUCAUCGUUGCAGGAAUUUUGGAUUUCAAGCUUGUUCAAGACGUGUUGCAGAAAGUUGAGGAUACGUAUUACCGGAAAUCAGUGUUUGAUGCUAUUAUGAAAGGCAUGAAGUCGAGUGCUGUUGGAGAGGGUAUUCUAGGGGCACAGGCAGCUGAUAUUGAAUCUUGUGAGCGCCUUCUGUCUUGAACUACUCGGGUUAAUGUGCAAGGGGUGGGAGGUCUCCGCUAGCGCUGCAUGAGCGUGGUUUGUCCUUCGACCCGUGUAACUUAGACGAGUAUGGAUUUUGGUUUUGUUUCUAUUUGUUGCUCCUCUUCUAUUCAAGGUAAGCAAAUUGUGUUAGAUUUAUUAGUUUUAGAUAAGAGAACAGUUAAUUUAUGAGUUGUAUAUUUCUCGAGAUCACAGUGCUGUUCAUCAAUUUGGAAAAAGAAGAAAAACGCACUGGAUUUUCUCCUUGAGCUACUGCGAAUUUUGGCAGUGCUCAAGUUGAACUUGAGUUUAAUAUGAUUGUCGUGUUAUUUCUUUA